CCUCUGCCAGAGCUCUUGGUGGCUAAACACAGCCGUAGACGGUUAUAGCUCGGAUCCUGCGGCGUGUGCAGGACGGCUGCGUCGCGCGAACGCCGCGACGACGAGUGCAAUCGCUUGCGGCGCGUGCUGUCUCACUGUGAGAGAGCCAGUGCCAAACACACGCUCUGCACGGCGCGCGUCGGCACUCGUGCCGCACCAGCGCUGCUACUCGUUUGCACCGUCCAGCACUUGUCCGCCACGAGCGCUGACGCUGCCGCUGCCGACGCGCGAAGUGUUCGCGGCGAGCAAUGUCGAUGGACGACACGUUCUCCGAGAGAGCGCCGACGGUCGGCCCGCAGAUCCGCACAUUAAGACUCGUGGAACACGUGAAACCGGAGCAGGAGCAGGCCUACCUGGAGUGGAGCCGCGAGUUCUCCGACGCGCACGCGAACUUCAUCGCGGCGCGGGACCCGGAGAGCUGGUCGAGCGUCGUGAUGAUUAGGGACCGCGCGUUUGGAAGGAAUGAUGUACGCUAUAUCAAGGUCUUCCGCUUCCCCGACGACGCCAUCUUCGAGGCCUGGACGGCGUCGGACGAACGGCGCGAGAUGAUCCGGAAGGGGCUAGCUUUGAACUUCGCGGUGGACGAGAACGCCCUCGAGCGUAUGUGCGCGGCGUCGUUUUUGGUCAACUUUACGCCAUCGACGCGGUCGCGUCGAUGGCGUGGAGGUCGCACUUGUACGCCAUCGACGCGACGGCGUGGAUGAUUCGGCGCCAACGCAGGGGAGUUCCGGAGGCGGAGCGCCGAGGAGCAGUUUCCGUGUGUGUCCGGCGUCCUUGACACUUGCGAGCCGCGCGGCGAUGGCGUCGUCACUCACCGCCCGAGUCCCGCGCAGGAUCUUCGACAUGUUCACGGAGGACCCGAGUAAGGGCUGCUCCCGCGACCGCGUCGCGUCGGCGUGUUUGAUCGGGCUGCAGGUGUAUUCGUUGGUGACACUUUACACGUACUUGCUCGGAUUUAUCCCCGGCUUUGCGUCAUUACAUAUGCAGCUCCAGCUCCUCGUGUCGACGCCGCUUGUCGUGGCUUCUAUAGACGUCGUGACGAACCAAUUUGUGGUCAAGGCGGCACGGGCGGUCGGAAUCCUGCCGAGACCGCCAACGAAGUGGGGUGGAGCGCCUGUUGUAGUGCCUCCGCCAUCGCCUCACGCGACCGAAUCAGUGUGAACCCCUUGUUUGAUAAGUGUAAGUAACUUUACCCGGUC